GGAAAAUGAAGUUUACUUGGGGAAUUCAUCAUAAUGCACUGGCAUACUCUAUGACUACAUUAGGUGCUGGAAUGAUGAACAGUAUCUUUAAUUUCUACUACGUUAAGCUUUUUCUAAAUGAAUACAGAAUUUCAGAAGCAGCAUUUCAUCAAGCUCAGGUGGUAUUUAUGAUAUGGAAUGCCAUCAAUGAUCCUCUUUUUGGGUAUAUUCAAGAUAAUUCCAAAUUCGCCUGCUGUUCAAGACGUCAGUUUUCAAUUUUGUAUGGAGCUCCCUUGUAUGCGUUAGCCUUUUUGCUUCCUUGGUUUCCUUGGAAACAUUACGAGGAAGGCGACUGGCUAAGUGGUCUCCACCUGAUUGUUUCUCUGUGCGCUUUUGAUGGUUUGCUUACGUUUGUGCUUCUGGCACAAUGUGCCCUCUUUGCAGAAAUUUCCACCAGACAUGAAAAUAGGCUUCAGCUUAUUAAAUACAACCAAGUAGCAACCUUAAUUGGAUCCACAAGCAUUCUUUUCUGUGGUCUAAUAUCAGAUAAUAUGGAGAAUUUUGCCUAUUUUCAGGCUUUUACUGUUUUGGUUGCUGCGUUAGCAACAGCUUGUAUGUGUUACACGGGCAAAUAUAGUACCAGUCAGUAUGAGCAGAGAGAAAUUCCUAUGGAGAUUGCUAAUCUAGAAAACCGUGAUGGAGCUCUCUCCUGGUCCUCUGUUAUUUCACUAACCAAGCAGAUAAUGGCAGAGAAAAACUUCUUAUUUUUUGUGACUAUGAACUUCUUCCAAGUCUUCCACCUAGCCUUUUGCAACAAUUUUAUGAUGAUCUUUGCGGAUAAUCUAAUUCCUAAGGAUGUCCUUUCUUCCUCAAUAAGAAGUAUUAUGUAUGGAGCAGGCUUUAUUUGUCCUCAGUGCCUUGUUCUUCUCAGUCAUGCUUCGUUGAAGAAGUUUGGUUAUUACAGAAUCAUCCUGUUUUCCUUUUACUUUGAAGGAAUAGCUGCUGCCAUCAUUUUUUUCCUAGGGCCAGAUCACUAUUAUCUUUUGGCAUUUUAUCUAACAGCAAACAUGGUAAUUGUACAAGCCUCAUUUAGUUUGUUCAAUCUGCCCUUGGCAGACAUUGUUGAUGCAGAUUUAAUAAAACAUAAACGGAGAUCACCUCUUUCCUCUAUGGUUUUUGGUACCAAUGCUUUGUUUACGAAGCCUGCCCAGUCUUUGGCUCCAAUGCUUGUGGUUACAAUACUAAAUCAGUUUGGAUAUGAGAACCUCACCAAUGAAAUUGCUCAGCCUGAUCCAAGGUGAGUUUAAAAGGGAUUCUUUAAAUCAUAGAAAUUAAAGUGAAAUAAUCCUGUGAUUCUAAAAAGCAAAGACAUCUGCAGUUAGCUUUUAUCA